AGAUACACAGGACCAGAGACAGGACGGUACUGGAAACGCUUCGUAGAUGGAACCUGGGGCUAAAGGAACCAGAGGGGAGGAGAAAAACGGAGAACAAGAAAAACCGGUAAGCAGCUGUGAGAGGCAGAGAGAGAGUGUGUGAAAGAAGGAGGAGAUUCCUACCCUGUCAGCAUAACCCUGGAGACCUUCUGGUGGAGAGCGGACACACAGAGGAAACCAGUAGAAAAACAGUAAAACUGAAGACUGCUGUAAGCACGUUAUCUACCAAAGGAGGAAAAAAUGGACAGCUAUAUGUUUGAGAUCGAACAUCUCAACAAGCUGGACUGCUAACUAAAUGUAAAUACAAAUGCACCUGCUGCCACAAACUAAAUACACAGUCUGAGAUCCUCAUUCCUGGAUAACCACUAUUUUACUAUUUGCCUUCAACACAACUUGGCACUGUGUGUUCCCUUAUGCAAAGAACUAAGAGAUGAACUAACGGAUAGUUAAAACUCCUAGGAGUAUCUGUUGUGCAGCUUGUGUUGUAGCAUGGAGAAAGGCCAAACCACAAGCCCAACUCCUUUUCUGUGGGCCAGAUGAGGGGCUGCAGCCCAAGCCUGCUGCGGGGCCGGCGGUUCUUCUGUCGGGAAUGGGCCCUGGAGAAGCUAAAAAAAUGCCUGGGGGCAAGAAACCUGUCCAGAGUGACACAGGACUCUUCCCAUUUCCCUUCAGGGGUCCUGGUAAUUGGGGGUCCUGGUACUGGUAAAACAGCCCUCUGUACAGAGCUGGUCUGGCCCCAAUCAGAAGCAGGCAUAGCAUUGGGACUGGCAUCACGGUGCCUGGCCUGGCACUAUUGUAAACAGGAGGAUGCUGACAGCGUUGAGGUCUGGAGAUUUGUUCUGGGGCUGGUGGAGCAGCUGCGUAAGAAUCCCCUGCUGGCACCAAACUAUGAGCACCUUUUGGCCAGCCCUGCUGUUGCUACCUGCCUGGAGCCGCUUCACUGCCAACGUGACCCAGAUGAAACAUUUAAAAGAGCAAUAUUGGAGCCGCUGCUUUCCUUACCCUCUCCAGAUCAGAGUAUGUUCAUAGUGGUGGAUUCUCUGGAUACUGGAAGUGGAACAUGUGUCGGGACUGGUGAAGGUCUGACAACAGUGACUGCAGGCAGUCAGAGUUUUUCAAUAGCAGAGCUCCUCCUUAGACACCACCAGCUCUUACCACCAUGGAUCCUUCUGGUCUGUUCUGUACGCAGACAAAACAAAGCCAUGUGCAAGAUGUUCUCAGGAUUUCGGAAGCUUUGCCUAGAUGACUUGAGGAAACCUGUGGCUGUACGAGAUGUUCAGCAUUACAUUCUACGGAGGUUGGAUCAGGAAGGGGAACUACGGAGGCAGCUCACACCAGAGACAGCCGACAUGCUAAACCUGUUGCAUAUCAAGAGCGGUGGCUGUUUUCUUUUCCUUGAACGAGUUCUGGACGGUGUAACUGGUGGUUUAGUAGGAUUAAGAGAAAUCAGGGACAUUCCAGGUACAUUGAAUGGUCUUUACCUGUGGCUUUGUCAAAGGCUCUUCCCCCGUAGACUUUUUAUUCAUGUUAGGCCCUUGCUCAACAUUAUUCUGGCUUCUCCACAACCUUUGACUUCUGAGAAACUCUAUCAUGCUGCAAAAGCUAGGGAUGCCUUUCUGGUACGAGAUGACUUUCAGUCACAAAUGCAUGCUUUGUCACCACUGAUUGUGGAUGGUCCUGAGGGCAGUAAGCUCAUUUUUCAUGGCAGCUUUGCAGAUUGGUUAACUGAUGUGAAGUACUGCACACAGAAGUUUCUUUGCAGUAUUAAAGAUGGUCACCUUUCACUUGCAAUGUCUCUGUCACUGAGAUCCAAUAGCCUCAGCACAGAAGAUGUAUGUCAGCUAGGCCAACACCUGCUUAGCAGCGGAAUCCACACAGGGGAGCCAGCACUGCUUGCACUGUGGAUGCUAUGGACUGGAGUUCCCACUCUCAGUAGUAAUGGCAGGGGCAGAUCUCUUGAUGCAUCUCAGCCUUCAUUUCUCCUUCAAGCACCUGUGCUGAUUCAACAGGAUGUCCUGCAGCUUCUAAUGAAAAGUGGUGUGUUCCCACCCACCUGCUCUCCAGAUAACAGUCCUAGUUUGGGUGUACACUGUGUAAGUGGUGGAAAAGGAAUAGUACGAAAGGUGCUGCAGAGGGAGGACUCAGUACGAGCUCUUUUGGACAGUGGCAUCAGCGUAAAUCGAACAGAUCCCUCAGAUGGACGGACUCUGCUCUCUACUGCAGCUCACACAGGGCUUGUAGAUGUAUCUGCACUACUGCUUUGUCGUGGGGCUAAUCCUUCUUUAAGUGACAACCAGGGACAAACACCAUUGACUCUUGCUGCAAGGCAAGGACAUGUGGGUGUGCUACAGGUUCUUCUAAAAUGGUCUCAAGAUCAGGAAUAUGACACUGUUCGAGCCAUGCUGGAGCAUGCAGAUGAUGAGGGAUGGACUGCCUUACGUUCAGCCUCAUGGGGUGGCCAUAAGGAAGCUGUAAAAAUGCUUCUUGAGGCUGGAGCAGAGGUUGAUGGUUGCGAUCCAGAUGGCCGGACUGCUUUACGAGCUGCUGCCUGGGGCGGUCAUGAGGAGAUCAUGCUCAUCCUCCUUGACCAUGGUGCUGGAGUUGACAGCGUGGACCACGAGGAGCGUACACCACUUAUUGCUGCUGCUUAUAUGGGCCAUAAAGAAGCAGUAGAGAUCUUGCUGGAUGCUGGCGCAGAUGUAAACCUAGCAGAUAGGAAUGGACGUAAUGCUCUGUCAGUGGCUGCACAGUGUGUGCCAUCAGCAGUGGGGAGGAGAGGGCAUGGAGAGGUUGUUAGUCUACUGCUGGAAAGGGGUGCUGAUCCAGAACACAAGGACAGAGAUGGUAUGACACCCUUACUGCUGGCCUCCUAUGAGGGACAUGAGGAAGUGGUGGAGCUCCUCUUAGAGGCUGGAGCAGAUGUGGACGAGAGUGCUGGCACCUACCCAUAUGCUGUCACACCUCUCCUUGCAGCAGCCGCUAUGGGGCAUGCAGGCACAGUGAACCGCAUGUUGUUCUGGGGAGCAGCAGUAGAUGGUAUUGAUGGGGAGGGUCGUACAGCACUCUGUCUGGCUGCUGCUAAAGGUAGCAUAGAGGUUGUCCAAACCCUGCUGGAUCGGGGACUAGAUGAGAAUCACAAAGAUGAUCUAGGCUGGACACCACUACAUGCAGCUGCUUGUGAAGGCCAUAGAAGUGUGUGUGCUAUACUCACUGAGAAAGGCAGCAUGGCUCGGGUAGGUGAGCUUGACGUAGAAGGACGGACUCCACUCAUAUUGGCAGCACAGGAAGGUCAUUGCAGUACAGUGAAACUCCUGCUUGACAGAAAAUCACCCAUAAAUCAUCGAGAUUAUGAUGGACACUCUGCACUUAGUGCAGCUGCUCUUCAGGGACAUGGGGAGGUGGUGGAACUACUUUUGAAACGUGGUGCUGAUACUGAUGUCAGAGAUGCAGAAGGAAGACCUCUUCUAUAUCUGCUUGUUCUAGAAGGCCACUUAAAUAUAUCCACUCUGCUUAUAGAGAAAGGGGGUGUUUCACUAGAGUCAAAAGAUGCAGAGGGUCGUACGGCACUACAUGUAGCAGCUUGGCACGGUGACCUGAAUGCCAUUGGGCUAUUGUUAAGGUAUGGUGCAGACCCAAAUUCACUGGACUCUGAUGGUCGACCACCACUGCACUCUGUGGCAUGGAGAGGUCAUGUGGGUGCUGGAAAACUUCUCCUGAAAGCUAGGGGCAUUAAAAUCGAUCUAGCUUGCAAAACCCAAGGUGCCACAGCACUCAGCAUUGCCGCACAGGAAGGACACACCGAAAUUGUUGCAAUGCUUAUGGAAAAAGGAGCAAAACCAGACCUCGUGGAUCGCUAUGGUCGCAGCCCUGUAAAAGUUGCUGGAAAGAAAGGUUAUUUCAGCAUUGUCCGCCUCCUAGAGAGCUUUGGUGCAAAGCCAUUUCCUGGAUUUAUUCCACAACGAACAUGUGGGGCUUUAGACUCAUCCACUCAUUCCUCUAUAUUCAAAACUCAGGCCUGCAUUAGUUCCUCAGAGGGAUUUGUCAAUGGAGGCGCAGCUACCUCCUCCACUUCUUCAAACUCAUUGUCAGCCUCUUAUUCACCUGCAUCAACUGCUGAGAGAUUCCAUUCAAUGGCAGGAUCUCAAGCAUCUUCCACAUGUCACUCUCUGGCCACUGUACAGACUGUGCCUGCUGACACUCUAAGCUUCAUACAGCAGAUCCAGCAGCACUCACUACCCCGUUGUCGCAGUAGGCCAUCUACACUGCCUUGGCCAAACCCUUCCAGUUUACAGAGAAGUACUGCCGGGAAUGAGCAGAAGGUUAUUUCCAAAGGUAACUGUGAUCUUACACAUUACACUUACCCUGAUAGCCCUAAAGAGCUUGGAUCCACAGAAACUGCUGACUACCUUUUAAAACCCAAAGCCCCAAUGUUAAUUGAAGAGAAGCCAGAAAAGAGUCCUCAGAAAGGUGAAGCCGACAAGUGGAACUCAGUAAUGAUGUCCCUGGGACUGACACCAAUCCAAAAAGGAGCUAUUAACCAGACAAAAUGUAAGGACAGUCCACUGUUAGGCUAUCAUCCCCUUCACCUCCAGUCCCAUGCACAAAGAGAAAACUGGGAAGGCCUUCAAAAAACAUCUCUUUCCCCAUCUUUUGACCUUUUAUCCAUCUCCCAACAUAGUGCCUUAGUAAAGGAAUCUGUGUUCAAUAUUACAACCACAGACCCCCAUCUUAACCUUAAACAGGCCAUCAAGUUACAGUUUGAGGGGCCAACCAGUGCAGCACUUUACAAAAGGGAAACACCACUUUAAUAUAUGCUCAGUUCAGUAAUAGCCUAUAAACGCUGUAUUAAACACUUUGCUCAUGGGUAACAUUUUCACAGCCUACUGGGCAAAAAUGUAUGGAAUGCUAAUGCCUUUGCCUGUUGUAAGUAACCAUUAAAGGUUAGGAGCAAAAGAGGGGGAGGGAGUGUUGUGGGUAAUUGCUGGAGGUGAGUCUCUCAGGGUAGAGGGGAACAGUUAAUGAAAUGGUGCCCAGCAGCCCCAACGCAUUGACCCUUGACCUCUGUAAGAGGUAAAGAGGCAAAAAGGAGCAAAAAUAGGGAAAAAGGACUUGAAAGGGUAAAUCCUGUGUGCAUUCCAUUCAUUAUCUUUUACAUUCAGUCAAAAUGGAGCAGCAAACAAUUGCAGGAAAAUGCUUACACAGGAACCCAAAGCAGGGAAUUGUUGCAUACAGGAUGGGGUGGUAUAGUAUGUGUGAUCAAGGAACUCAAUAUAAAAGGACAUGCAAGUACACAACAGGACAACAGGGAGCCAUCCAGUGCAUGUUCCCUUGUGAACUGGUGUGCAUAGUAUAUCUAUAGUAUGCAUAGUGUCAUGCACAUUUUAGGGUUUUUUCAUCUUUGCUAAAUCAUCUGUUAAAUCUUAGGACUAAACUGGGAGUUAUCCACCCUUUCUGGAAUGCAUCCGUAACAAUGCAAUGCUCAGAGCCAGGACUGCUACAAAAGGGCUCAUGCAUUGACAAAAUGGAUCAACAAUUAUCUCCAUCUCAGAGGAUUUUGUAUUUAAUAAUUUGUUUAGGUCAUUAGUGAUAAUGACUAUGUGGUUCUGUUGGCUUUUAAAACUUGGCAAAAAUUUGUCGCCAAUUGUUAUUUUUAGUAUAUUUAUAUUUGUGUCUUGUGGAAACAGUGAAUAAACACUCCACAAAUGUUAAUGUUACAGUUGGAACAAAUGUAAGAAUUGAUACAAUGCAAAAACAGACAAGCGUAAGCAUUAAAGAGGAACAGUCACAUUAAGCAGUAUUGUGAUUCAUGAUGUGUAUAGAAUUGAAUGAAAACAUGCAACAAGAAGUCUUCUGUAAACAGAGAAUGAAUAUUUAUUGCUACAUACAAGCAACUUUGAGAACAUAAUUUGACAAUCUCUGGUGGUAUUUAUAUAACACAUCACAGCUGAAGCAGAUGAAGGCUAGUUAUUAAGUUCCAAUGUUUUAAUCCUGCUGUAACUUAAUUUGCUGUAGCUGUAACUGUGGCAGUAUAACAAAACUGCUACUCUUUAACACCACAUCCAUUUACUGCAUUAUUCAACUGAUUAAGACUUGAAGCAAAAUUGAGUUUGCAGAAAAGUUAGGAGUUAUGAAUCCAAAUUUUCUUUGGGGGAUUGAAUAUUUCUGAUUGCAGCUGUAAAUGUUCCCCGCAAAACACCAUGAGCGUAUGUGUUGAACGCUGCUGACCUGUUUAUUUUCAGUUUCAGUUUUUGUUCUUCUUUAAAUUUACUUUGUGGCUACCAAAACACUGUCAUAUACACAUCCUGUAACAAUUACUCUCAGAUUAAACUCAUUUUGAGGGUGAAUUGAGAAAUGCUAAAUGCAAAAUACACAUAAAUGGAUGAGUGUGCCCUUACCUCCCUGAAGCUCAUUUGGCUGUCAUGCAACAGUUUACGAACCAAGAUGUGGAGUCGUUUGUACAUUUUGUUAAGGCACUUAGAAAUGUGCUUGUUUUUACCCAACAGCGUCUGUAAUUAAAUAGUCCAUAACAUACCAUCAAAUAAAUGUUGCUUCUUUUCCAUUGUUAGGAGGUGGGGCAAUUGAUCACAUGUUAUUUGUCUGUAUGACUGUUCCUCUUUAACAUUUUAAGUAUAUUUAAAGAUAUAUGCAGUGUUUAUUUAAGGAUCCAGCAAAACACAAAUUUCUGCCAGGUGUGAUAUUCAGUGUUUUAUAAUUUAAUUUACUUUAAUUAAAUUUUUUUAAUUAAAAUAAAAAUGUCACUUGUUUUUGGUGAAGAAGUUGCUAAUUCUCCGCUUGCUAAGACUGCUCUUAAAACUGUGUUCUUUUUUCUGGCUUGCUGUCACAGACUUUGUCAUUCCCUCAAACAAAUUAGGAGAAUAUGUUGAUCUUUUAUAUACAUGCACCUACAUUUUAUUCUUGUCUGUCUCCUUUCCUCCCAUACAUAAACAAAGUAAUGACUCUAGGUCAGUUUGAUCAAAACAGAUCACAGCAUUAGAGUUCACCAAAUGAGUUGGUUUUAUAUUUUAAUAUUCAGGUCCUUCAUGUUUACAGGCGCUAAAUCUUUCACUAUUAAAACUUCAACUGUGCCAAAUGUU